AACUCGCCGCCGUGUUGCGGGCGGUGGAUCGGGUACGUUGCCGUCUCCUCCGAUGAGACCAGCAAGAGCCUCGGCCGACGAGACAUCGUCAUCACCUUCCGUGGGACCGUCACCAACUCCGAAUGGAUCGCCAACCUCAUGAGCUCUCUAACACCCGCCCGCCUCGAUCCCCACAACCAACGCCCCGACGUCAAGGUGGAAUCUGGGUUCUUGACCCUUUACACCUCAGAAGAGACAAGCAUCAAGUUCGGGCUCGAGAGCUGCCGGGAGCAGCUACUCUCGGAGGUCUCGAGGCUGUUGAACAAGUACAAAAACGAAGAAGUGAGCAUAACAAUGGCAGGGCACAGCAUGGGGAGUGCAUUGGCUGUUCUUCUAGCCUAUGACAUAGCCGAGCUAGGAUUGAACAGAAGAGUGAACAACAAAGAAGUGGUUCCCGUUUCAGUGUUCUCCUUUGGAGGGCCAAGAGUGGGAAAUUCAGGCUUCAAACAAAGAUGUGAGGAAUUGGGAGUCAAAGUUUUGAGAAUUGUGAACGUGAAUGACCCAAUAACCAAGAUGCCAGGAGUUUUAUUCAAUGAAAAUUUUAGGGUUUUUGGAGGGCUCUUGAAUGGAGGUGGAAACAAUAGCUAUGAACAUGUUGGAGUGGAAUUGGUUCUUGAUUUCUUCAACAUGCAAAACCCUUCUUGUGUUCAUGAUUUGGAGACUUACAUAAGCUUGUUGAGGAGUCCAAAAGAGGAAGAACAAGAAGAAGAAAAUGGGAGAAUUAUUAGAAAGAACAACAGUGGUGGGGAUUUCAUCAAUAGGGCUAUGGAGUUUUUUUGCAGUAAUGCUCAGAGCUUGAACAUGUUUCCACGGCGGAAUCAGGGGAGCAAUAGAGUGAGAUACUUGAGCCAAUCACAAAAUUAGGUCACAAAGAGAAUAAAGAUUUUGAGAAAAAAAAUUCAAGAAAUGGGUGUUGA